AUGACCGUUGGUGGGAUUCCGGAUCAGAUCUCUGAACAUGCUGAGAUGAUUUGCCACGUGGCCAUAGGAAUGAUGUGGGAAGCUCGAUCAGUGCCGGAACCAGUGAAUAAAAAACCUCUUCAAGUUCGAAUCGGAAUCCAUUCAGGACCUCUUAUAGCCGGUGUGGUGGCCGUAAAGAUGCCCAGGUAUUGCCUGUUUGGUGACACCGUCAGCACAGCGUCAUUGAUGGAAACGAAUGGCCUGCCCGGAAAGAUCCACUGUAGCGAUAAGGGAGAGAUGGUCACUCACUUUCUGCGGAAGAGCACCAAGAAGAGCGUAUGGGAAAUCAUCGACAGAGAGCGAGAUGUCAAUAAAAACUCCAUCGACGGAUACGAGGAACUCGAGACGGGCAUGCCUUACUCCGAACCACAUCAGACUAUUAUACAGCCAGUGACGGCUACUACAUCAAAAACUUGCACAAUUUCAUAA